AUGAGCUCGGCACCUGAGCCGCGGACCCCCCGGACCCCCUUCAGCAUCGCAGACAUCCUGGGCCCGCGCAGGGGCCCUCGAGGACCCGCCGCCUCGGCGCUCGCAGAGCCGAGCGCGGGCCCCGCAUCGCCGCUGUGCGCGCUGGAGGAGCUGAUGCGCGAAACUUUGCGCCGACUGGACCGGCGCGCCCCGCCGACCAAGGAAGGGGCCGGGGGGAACCCCAGUGAGCUGGGUGCCAGGCCGGUAUGUCACCGCCGGAGGAAAUCACGCACCGCGUUCACUGCGCAGCAGGUACUGGAGCUGGAGCGGCGCUUCCUCUUCCAGAAGUACCUGGCGCCGUCGGAGAGCGACGGGCUGGCGUCGAGGCUGGGCCUGGCCAAUGCUCAGGUGGUUACCUGGUUCCAGAACCGGCGCGCCAAGCUUAAGCGCGACGUGGAGGAGAUGCGUGCCGACGUGGCCUCGCUGCGCGCGCUGUGCUCCGGCAUCCAGGGCCGCCGCGCUCAGCUGGACCGCGGACGCCGGCUCGACCAGCCUGACCCUGGCCCGCAGCCGUCGGACGACCAGGUGCGGGUGGACGAGUGA